AUGGAGGCGGAUGAAGCACCUGCGCCGUGCCAGGAAAACAUUGACGAGACCUGCUCCGUAUCUGUCAAAGGUCUGACACAGAACUGGCAGAAAUGGUCCAAUGAGCACUGCGAGAAUCAGAAAAAAAAUCCCUUUAGCAACGGCAUGGUGACUCCUCCACAGAUCCAACGAGGACAGGAGGGAUACGGCAGGCCUUUAGAGGGCUCCAAAACCGAGCAGAGAGGGAAAGAUGCCCAUUUCCUCAUGAACAGAGAGGUCACUGAGCUCUGCCAGGUCAUUAGGGAGAUUGGGCAGAGCGGAGACGAUGGCAGGACGGCUGUGCGGUUCGGGACUCUCUUCGAGAGAUAUGUCAACAUCUCUAAUAAACUAGUGGGAGUUCUGCUGCGUGCACGCAAACAAGGCCUGGUACACUUUGACGGAGAAAUGCUGUGGCAGGGCAGAGAUGAUGGAGUGAUCAUCACACUGAUACAGUGAUUUACAGCGGAGAUGGACACCAUGUGCUUGCUUCAAAGUCACUAUU